AAUUGCAGGGAAAAGCCGGCGGUUCAGCCUAGACUUGUUGAUCUCCGUUCCGAGGCAGCAGGAGGAAGUGCUGGAGCUUUCCUUUGUGUCCGCGCCGGCAGCGGGCUGGGGGGGGCGGGGGCAGAUGCGGCUUCGGCGCUGACUGUAGGCAGGAGCGAGGAGCCGCAGCCGAGGGAAGGCCUGGGAAAGCUUCCUGCCGAGGGAUCCGAUUUACCUCGUUUCCCUUCCCCUCCCCCCGGGCUCCGUGGACAGCCGGGAGCGCCACCGCCAUCCCUCCGCCUUGAGGCUGCCCGCGGGGGGAUGCGAGCGGGGCCGCCCCUGCUGCCCGCCCCGCCGCACGAUGUAGCCGCCCUCGGCCCCGCACAGCCCCGCACCGCCUCGCUGGGAGCCCGCAGGAGGAGCUCCGGGCAUGGAGGGGAAGGAGAGGUGAGGAGAGCGUCCUGCCCCACGCCGCACCUUGGAGCGUCCAGCCUGAGGGGGACCAGCGAUGCCUCUGGGGAUGAAUAAGCAUGGAUCUCGCUCUACUACCUCUUUGCCUCCGGACCCCACCGAGAUCGUCAGGAGCAAGGCCUGCUCCCGAAGGGUCAAGCUCAACGUGGGGGGGCUGGCCCACGAGGUUCUCUGGCGGACCUUGGACAGGUUGCCACGGACCAGGCUGGGUAAGCUCAGAGACUGCAACACACAUGACUCCCUCAUGGAGAUCUGUGAUGACUACAACCUGGAGGAGAACGAGUACUUCUUCGACAGGCAUCCCGGGGCAUUCACCUCAAUCUUGAACUUCUACCGUACUGGCAAGCUGCACAUGAUGGAGGAGAUGUGCGCCUUGUCCUUCAGCCAGGAGCUGGACUACUGGGGGGUGGAUGAGAUCUACCUGGAGUCCUGCUGCCAGGCCCGCUACCACCAGAAGAAGGAGCAGAUGAAUGAGGAGCUGAAGAGAGAAGCUGAGACACUGAGGGAAAGGGAAGGGGAGGAAUUUGAUAACACUUGCUGUGCUGACAAAAGGAAAAAGCUCUGGGACCUCCUGGAGAAGCCCAACUCCUCCGUAGCGGCCAAGAUUUUGGCAAUCAUUUCCAUCAUGUUUAUUGUACUAUCUACAAUUGCCUUGUCCCUUAACACACUUCCUGAACUACAAGGCGUGGAUGAAUUUGGACAGACCACAGAUAAUCCCCAACUUGCCCACGUGGAAGCGGUGUGCAUCGCAUGGUUUACAAUGGAAUACCUCUUGCGGUUCCUAUCCUCACCUAAGAAAUGGAAGUUUUUCAAAGGCCCGCUGAAUGCUAUUGAUUUGCUAGCUAUCUUACCGUACUAUGUCACUAUCUUCCUCACAGAAUCCAACAAAAGUGUACUUCAGUUCCAAAACGUACGACGAGUAGUCCAAAUAUUUCGGAUUAUGAGGAUACUCCGGAUUCUAAAGCUCGCCCGGCACUCAACGGGUUUACAGUCCUUGGGAUUUACACUGAGGAGGAGUUACAAUGAGCUUGGAUUACUCAUCUUGUUUUUGGCCAUGGGCAUUAUGAUCUUUUCCAGUCUAGUGUUUUUUGCAGAAAAGGACGAGGAUGAUACAAAAUUCAAGAGCAUCCCAGCUUCUUUCUGGUGGGCAACAAUCACCAUGACAACAGUAGGCUAUGGAGACAUCUACCCCAAAACACUUUUAGGUAAAAUAGUAGGAGGACUGUGCUGCAUUGCUGGAGUGCUGGUGAUUGCUCUUCCCAUCCCAAUUAUUGUCAAUAACUUCUCUGAGUUCUACAAAGAGCAGAAGAGGCAGGAGAAAGCCAUUAAGCGCAGGGAAGCUCUUGAAAGGGCAAAAAGGAAUGGCAGUAUUGUUUCCAUGAACAUGAAGGAUGCAUUUGCCCGCAGUAUAGAACUCAUGGACAUUGUGGUUGAAAAGAAUGGAGAAAGCAUAGCCAAAAAGGAUAAAGUUCAGGACAAUCAUUUAUCUCCCAGCAAAUGGAAAUGGACGAAGAGAACGCUCUCGGAAACUAGCUCUAGUAAAUCUUUUGAAACUAAGGAACAAGGUUCUCCAGAAAAAGCCAGGUCGUCUUCAAGUCCCCAGCACCUAAAUGUCCAACAGCUAGAGGACAUGUAUAACAAAAUGGCAAAGACUCAGUCCCAGCCAAACCUUAAUACUAAAGAGUCGAGUCAACCUGGAAAGCAAAAGGAAGAGCUGGAAAUGGAAACCCUUCCCGGCCCUAUGGUGCCCUUGCUGACGACUCGCACUGACGGGAUCAUUGACAUGAGGAGCAUGUCCAGCAUCGACAGCUUCAUCAGUUGCGCGGCAGAGUUCCCUGACUCUGGGAGGUUUUCCCACAGCCCGCUCGCUACCCUUCCCUGCAAAGGUGGCAUCAACGUGAUUCAGGAGCAGAGCAGGCCGGAGGGGAGCGGGGCCAGAUUUGUGGAAAUGAACCCAAGCUCUGAAGGCAGCCACCGUUCUGCUUUUUUCAUAGAAAGCCCCAAAAGCUCCAUAAAGGCCACUAACCCUUUAAAGCUACGAUCUCUGAAAGUCAACUUCAUGGAAGAGGACACCAGCACAUUAGUACCAGCAUCAAAUGUACUGAGAAUAUAUUCAGGCCCUCUCAAGAGCCAGGGAGCUGCUGCUGCCGCCACAGAUUCUUCCGUACUCUCCGACAGAUCUCUCAUGAGCCCAGAAACCUCCAUCUACACAACCGCGAGUGCGAGAACACCCCCAAAGUCACCAGAGACGCAGACAGCCAUAGCAUUCAACUUCCACGAUGCUGGUAUACACAAAUAUAUAGAUGCUGACACAGAUGAUGAAGGUCAGUUGCUCUACGAUUCAAGCCCACCUGGAAAUAUGAGUCCCAAGUACAAUGUUACAAACAGUGGCUAUCUAAAGCAAAAGGACAAUGUUUAUAGAACAGAGAAGAAUCAUCUAGAAGCUGCUGCUUUACCCACCUCCCCUAAGCUGAUAGGGCAAAACUGCAUUUACUCUAUGGAAGGUAUCACUGGAAGAACCCAGGGCAAUCAGGAGACCGUCAGACUAGAAAAUCACAUUUCCCCAGAAGUCCAUGUAUUACCAGGCAGCGGAGGACAUGCUAACACACAUGAGCAAAGCAUCUGAGAUGGGCUCCAAAAGAACUUACUGAAAGUUUAAAGGAAUGUCUUUACAGUCAACACAAAAAAAAAAAAAAAAAAAAAAAAAAAGAGCUUCUGCAUGGCAUGAACUUGGCUGAAACAAGCCACCUGUUUCUAAAAGUCUGGGGGAGGUCCAGUGUGGGUUUGUGAAAAUGUCCUUCUCUGAAACAACUCUAAAGACGUUGCCCACAUCAGUCAAAAAUAAGGAUUGCAAAUCAUGAUCACACAUUGAUCUCCUUUCAUGUUGUCCAGUGAAGCCAAUGUGACCAAAUAUCCACCCAUUCCCCCUGAACGCUAGAGCUCCUUUUGGAAAUAGUAACAUCAGAUUUCCAUUAGUUCCAUAAAGGAUGCCAAGGCAGCCAGAUUUGAACUCUGGAAUAAAUUGUUGGGGUUGGUAUAAAGCUAUCAAAAACACAAUGCUCACUGCUUCAGGGCAGCUGUUCCCCAUCUACAGCUUUCUCUGAUGGAUAUUAUGUCUAAAGGUAACAGGGAACACUUACAUUAUUGGAAAAAUCCAAGCAAAACCCAUUUAAAACUAGUAACGGUCUAGAGAAACCAAUUAUUAAAAUGCUCUGUGUGUGUUUAACAAUAUGAUAUCCUGUAGGACCUGAUGUUUUCUUUUGAAAUAUCAGCAGGGUGAGUUGCACCACUUGUAUCUAAGCCCAAACAUCCCCUAGGACAUAGUGAAACUUGCACUUACCCUCUGCUAAAAGCUGAUCCCUGCCCCAGGGGCCAGCGCGUGGCCCUCAGGGGACCCACAGCCCACGCUGGGAAGGAGUGAAGGAGCCAUGCAGAAGCAGGACUCUCCGGGGGCAUCGCAGCCAGACCCUCUUCCCGGUGCUGGGGAGCGGAGGGCUGGAAGGAGAGCUCAGCUCUCACCCUACCCUUCCGUGGCCGGGGGGUGCUGGCUGCCCUGCCCCAUGGGGAUGGCCGAGCGCGGUGGCGGGGAUGCUGCGGCUGGCCCUGCGGUGCGUGCUGGGGGUACUGGGAUGGCUCCGGCCUCCCCUUCCCGCCCGCACGCCGACCCCAGGCCUCAGCCAAAGGCUCGCCCUUGGCGUAGGAGAGGAACCGGUCGGUCUGAAGCUUUUUGCGCCCGAGCGGCGCAGUGAAAGAUAUGCAAGUGUUAAAUAAAUAUGCAAAAAGAGGGAUUCGUUAGCGACCCGCCCCGGGCCUGGCUGUGCUCUCUCUCGUGAGGAGGUCAGGCAGGAGAGGCUCCUGCAAAGCUGUGGCGUCAAGCAGCUGCGAGAGACAGGAGAAUCAGGCCUGAUGUUUUAAUAACAUCCAGUCAUUUUUAAAGGAAACAAGAAAAAAAAAAAAAAGGAAAAAAAAAAGAAAAAAAAAGAAAAAAAAAGAUCUGACCAUUUUAAAUGAACAGAACUAGCAGCCACCAGCCUAGGUUUUUAAAAUAUUAUUGUUUCAAUAAAGUUAUGUCAAAUUGUGUAGGAAAUAAUUUGUCUUUGGUUUUUAAUCUCGGGGGGGGAAAGCACUUUACGUUGACUUUUUGUUGUUGUUGUUGUGAUGCUGGAGUAGGAUAGCAGAGUGUAACAAUCAAGCACUUUAACCAAGCACUAUUUUAAUUUGUGCCUCCUGUUGUGACCGUGAUUUGUUACACGCCUGUAGCAAGUCACAACCUGUCCUGUGAUAACUGUGAUGGUAAUCUUUUCUGUUGUUCUCUGUUUCUACUGUAAAAACUCAAUUGUAAAUAACUCUGUCAAUGAGCGUUUCCUGACCUAUUUCUGAGUACCUGCCGGGGUAUGUGGCGAUCUGCAGGCAGCAGGUCCGGGGACGUGCCGGGACAUGGGACGUGGGAGCGGAGGUGCACAGGAGGGAGGAAGACCCCGAGCCACUCGAGCCUGCUGCGUUUUGUUCCUUCCUAUUGUAAAAAACAAAAACAAAACAAACAAAAAACAAAAACCACGUUGGUUAGUCCUGAAUGUAAAUGUCUGUCCGUCCAAGCUGUACAGUACUUCUGUCUGUAAUCCGUAAUAGUGAAUGCAGCAUGUACGGACAAAAGCAAUAAGCACAUAUAUGUUUUAGGAACUAUUAUGGGUUACGACGAUAGCUUUGUUAGGUCUCUCCUUGGCACAAAACUGUACACGCGUUGGAGUUAACUCUGCUCAGCCGACCCCAUCCCCGGGUGGCGGGACGCAGCCCGAGGUCCCCACUCAGAACUCACCCUUGCGCCCCAGCAAGGCAAGACCCUGAGGAAGGCGUGAGUAAGACCUGAGCCACCACCUCACGAAUUAGCCCGCCGGCAGCGAAGGAGACCUCGUGCCAUGCAAAGAAUGAUGCGGGAGGUACUCGAAAUAAGUUCAAGGCACCUACGUGUGCAAAAAAUACUCUCCAGAGUAUUUACACAGGGCCAAUUCCUGAGGUUCGUUAGCUUUUACUCUGCCUCCACUCAGCCAAAACCACCGUUCCUCUGAGUGGGCUCUUUGCCUGGUGAAGGACUUUAGGAUUUGGCCAUAGUAAAUACAAGUGUACUUAGAGGAACCAACGUAUUGCUGAGAUACUAGUUAAGAUUGAGUCAUCACAAAAAAGUAAAGUGACUUUCCAGCAGAUAAGCUUUAAAUACUGAUUUAUUCUGUGGCUUUCCGAGGCCAUAGAGCGGCAACAAGAAAUCUUAAAAAGAACAGUCUUAACAUAAUCUCUAUGUUUCAGUGAUCAUUCAUGUCUGCCAUCAGCACAAAUGUAAAAAGAAGAAAAAUCAGGGAAUUUUUUUUUGAUAAAGUAAGUAAUAGUGAUUUCCAAGUUAAAUAUUUUUAGAGCUGAUGCUUUCAUGUGGAAAAAAAAGUCAUAUUUUACAUAUCACGAAAGUGAACGUAUUUAAAUAUAGCCAUAUAGUGUAGUAUUUACCACACUCUCAUCCAAAUUGAUGUAUUUGGUUUAUAGAUGGCACUGACAAAAAUGUAUAGAUCAACAAUUCUAUCAUUUUUUAACUGAUAAUCAACUGGUGCAACUCUCCUUGUAACCAAAGGCCCUCUGUCUGCCUUGUGUGAUCACUCAUGACACACACCUUAUAUCAUCUAUUUAGUCCUACCUUUAAAGUAGCAUUUUAUUGAGUCACUUUUGAAAGCCAAAUUCAAAAGUAUCAUUAAAAAUCUACCUUUUAAGUCUGAAUAGCCAAAGUCCUAUAGAUUUCUUAUAGAAAGCAAAUAAUUUAAAAUUAAGCAUAUAAUAUGCUUGAAGAGCAUUUCUUUCUUAUUUGUGUAUGAAGAUGUAGCUCUCAUUUUGUGCCCAGUUAAAAAGGAAGUAUGUUUAAUUUAUUUUAAUGAAAUAAAGUCUGAAUAUGAAGUAUGUAUCUAUAUAUGUGUGUGUGUGCAUAAUACACAUAUAUAUAAUGUAAGCACUGGGAAAUCUACUCUAACAUAAUGCUAUGGUAGACUAAAUCUGUACUCAUUACAAAAGGAAAGGCAGUGCUUUGAAAACAUAACGCUCAUCAAAUCCUAUAGACACUAAAAAGACAAUUUCAUUUUAUAGUUUGUUUGAUACGUGUUUCCCAAAGCUCAUAACAGUUGGGGAAUAUAUGCAAUAUCUCUUGCAUCGAGCUAAAGCGUGCAGUUUAAUCACUGAUAUUUGGCAUUCAGGUCUGCGAAUUUACUGUGCAUCAUGUAUCAAGCAAGCCGACAGAGUUUCACCUGCUGCUGCAGAAGACAUCAUAUCUGAACGGACUAUGUACGUGUGAUGCCUGCACUUGCUUGUAUCUUACGUCAUCAACAUCGUUUUUAAUACAUAUAUAUAAAAUAUAUAUAUAUAUAAUAUAUAUAUAUGCGCGGAAGGAAUGGGUGCAGUUUUCUUAACCAGGAGGCAAAGCUCCUUUGAGUUUUAGCCCUGAAUAGAGGAAAACAGCAGUCACAUUGCAGUAGAUUUCUCAGUGCCUUUUCUUAGAAACUUCACCUAAGCACACUUACGGGGGAAAAAAGAAAAACCAAACCACGAAACAAAAGAGUCUCCUGUGAAAUCCAUAUUUUUCUGAAAGGUUCGAGAGUCAAUAAAGGUAGAAGAAGGAAAAAUAAAAAAGAGGAAAAGAAAACCCAUGGAACGCACAUUCCCUUCCUGAACAUGCUGUGUGUCAAAUGCCGGGGAAUAUCUGUCUGCGCAAGUCACACAGAAACACAUCCGAGGCGGUCGGUUUCUUUGGCAACUAUGGCUGUGAUAAACUGUAGCCUUUUCUUCCCUUGCAGCUAAUAAGAUACACAUUUCUAAGGAAAACAGUAUUCUCUUCUGUAAAAUUGUAAUGUAUUGUUAAUAUUUGUACCUAUUGUAUAUUUAUGUCUUGACAGAAUUAUGACUGGUACAGUUUAUAGUAAAUCACAAGGGUAUUUAAAACUCAUCGCAAAGACAAGGUUUCUAAAGCCAAGUUCUCUCUCUGUCGGUAAGCUCCACAUUACCUGAUCUCCAAUAGUCUCUAACACCUCAUUUUAAAGUGCAUAGUAGAAUUACUGAAUAAAGUAGCCAAGCGAUGGAGACCGUGUGGCACUGACGCCCUCCUGUGCAGCUCAGUCGGGAGCGGGAUGGGGAGGGGAGCUUCCCUGGCGACCAAAUUAGCUCCGAUGUCUUCAUGUUUGGUCUGUCACUUCUGCUUACGGUAAUCAGACUGAACAAGUGUUACCUUAGGUUGCUUUAGGAUCACCCACUUGGGGAGAAUAUGGCUUUAAAUAGUUCUUGAAUAAAGUACAGAUGUUCUAGUUACCUCUGUACCUCCUGUUUGCCAUUGUGUUGGCUUUAUAAGUAUCUGAUGUAUGGAAAAGUCAUGUGACUUUCAUGCAUUCCAGAGUAGUCUAUUUUUCUGUUCAGAUUUAAAAAAAAAAAUUAUAUAUAUAUAAAAAUAUAAAUAUAUAUCUGUAUUUUUAGCAAAUUUAUAAUAGGGUAAUCAAGUCAGAUUUCUUCUUUUUGUAUUACAGAAUAAUAUAUUAGAUGCUUUCUUGGUGUUCAUUUACAUAGCUGAUCCCUUAACCUUUUUGUUGUCAUUUUUUUUCUUCUGUUCUGAAAAACACCUGCAACAUCCCUCCUGGAAGUGCGUCUGCAAAAGGUCACUGAGUUUGUCUGAUGUUGUCACAUUUUUGUAUUUUCCUGUUUGUGGUACUUAAAAAUACCCAGGGACUGGCUAUGGAAACCGAGGUGUUCCUUCUGAGAAACACAGCGUGGGCCAGGCUCUGCCCUCGGCUAUGGCAGCGUAAAUGUCAGCAAAUGCCUCUGGCUUUAGUGUUAGCCACAGCCUGGACUUCAGUGGUUUUCCAGAUUUACGUUGAUUAAGCUCAGAGCAUAAAGGAGAGAGAGAGGAUUUGAAUCUGAUUGUCCUCAUCAUUAUGGUGGAGUUGGGAUAAGCAUUGAAAUUCAGGCUCUUAUUUUAAGGCAGUGACCUGACAAUGCUCAGGCAAAGCUCCCACCGUCGGGGGAGCUUUUCCUGGGUUAAAACAGAAGGGUCAAGACUUUCAUUUCCCACUGGGUUUUGGAACUUCUAUUUUCAGCCCCAGACAAAAUCAGGAAACAAGAAAAAAUUAUGGGGGAAUGAAAAACCUGAAUGUAUACAUUCAGAAAGGGACCGGAUUUGGAUUUUGUUAUGGUAAAGUCCAUCCAUACACCUGCUUACUUAAUGAUCUUCCUUGCUCCUUUAUAGCUGUACCAUCACAUAAACUGAAUAAAAAGUCCAUGAGAUAAA